AUGGACAUACAAGCCAGGGAUAGUGGUCAUGUAGCCUUAAGCUCGAUCGAGUUGAAGCUUGGCCGGUCGAGUAGGUGGUCGAGCUGGUCUUCAAGAUGGCUUCCUCCUUCUUCCUUUGCGUAUCCAGUUGAGCUGCGUCCAUGCACCAAGUCCUUCUCCUUGCUCCUCACGUCCCAUAUGCUCCAAAUGCUCCAAAAGACCUAUUUCAAAGGACCAAACAUGCAUAUAGGAGCCUUGCUCACUUUUCUUUUAAGAACAACACAGGGAGAGGCUUCUAAGGUGUAUGCGAACUCGAUCGAGUCGGUCUACAGAAGACUUGGUCGAGCUAGACUUACAACGGGUAGAAAGAGGGUUCAGAGGUCACAGAGGGUACAAGAGGAACCUGAGGUGCUUGUUGCUGAUACAAUGGAUGUACCAGAGGGGAAUGGAAACCCUUUGGGCAAUGGACUCGGUCGAGCUAGGCAAACUCGACCGAUUGGUCAAGGAGAUGCUCCAAACCGCCACCAACAGAGACAAGGGAUUGUUCCACCACCAGUGCAGAACCACAACUUUGAGAUCAAGCUGGGAAUGAUCAACCUUGUUCAGAACAAGAUGUUCCAUGGAUUGCCAAGUGAAGACCCCAUUGACCACCUUGAUGAGUUUGAUAGGCUUUGUGAUUUGACAAAGAUCAAUGGUGUCUCUGAAGAUGCCAUCAAGCUGAGACUCUUUCCUAUGUCUCUAGCUGACAAAGCUCACCAAUGGGAGAAGAGCUUGCCCCAUGGCACAAUCACCACUUGGGAUGAAUGCAAGAAGGCCUUUCUUGCUAAGUUUUUCUCCACCGGUCGCACAGCCAAGCUUAGAGGAGAGAUAUCCAGCUUCAUCAGCGAAACAAUGAGACAUUCGCAGAGGCUUGGGAGAGGUUCAAAGGGCUACACAAGUCAGUGCCCACACCAUGGAUUCAACAAUGAAUCACUACUCUCCACUCUUUAUAGAGGAUGCUUGCCUAGGUAUAGGGAGAUGCUAGACACAGCUAGCAAUGGGGAACUUCCUCAACAGAUGUAG